GCCAAUUUAAUAUAGUAAGUAUAAGAUGUUGGCUGAUGUGGUUCCUAUAAAUGGAGAUUAUUUCCUCUUACUUCUGGUGUUGUAGAUAUCCAUGGGCGGUGUCUUCACAACUUUCAAUCACGUACAGUACGUGCAGACAAACAGACUGUGAUUGACGUAAAUAUUAUUUAAAACUCACGUGUCGUACUAAAUUCGACAAACCGGCAGCAAAUCCUCAUGUGAAUUCAUCUCCUCGUGAAUGUAGGCGAUGCUGGAAUCCAUUUAUAGGAUAAAAGAAGCCUGCCAUGUAUUCAAUAAAAAAACCUACGCUAGGGUGGGUAUAUAUUAUCAUUAAUAACUUCAGUAUAUAAAUCAGAGAACAAAGAAAAUAGAAUGGGAGAUCCUGAUUUAAAGAAGAGUAAAGUCUCUAUGAUUGACGUUAAGAGCAAAUCUAAUAGGUCUACGAUUGGGUUUGGAAAGUCUAUGAGUCGUUUGAGAGUACGAAGACAGUCCUAUGGCUUUGGUGGUGUUCCUGGUAUAAGACCCGUUGAGAGAACCUCCCAGAUUGCUAUCGAGUUCAAACGGCCACCGUUACAGUUUUUCCCAACAUACCAGUUGGAUUCACUUUAUCAUUUCAGACCACCAGCAGUUGAAAAGAUUGUCAAUGAUGCGCUAGAUGAGAACUUUACGUUUCAUAAAUAUAAUGUUCAAGAGUCACCAUCGCUUGCCAUGCGGCUUUCUGGGGAAAUAAUGCGCAAAGUAAAGGCACUCGCAUUCAAUCGGUAUCGAAUCAUAAGCGUUGUAACCAUAGGACAGAAGCGAGCUCAGAGCUAUAACAAUGCUAUAUCUUUCUUAUGGGACCACGAAAGAGAUAGGUACGUGAAUGUGCAACGUGAAGUUAAUUCAGCGUUCAUACAAAUUACAGUGUUUGGAGUCUAUUUAGAUUAAACUCUAAUUAAGGGAGACAAAAUCGAAGCUUUUGCUUAAAGUUAAUCUUAAAAAAGUUACAUCUUACACUUGUGCCGCUACAGGCGAGAAAGUGACUAUUUUAUCGCUAAAGAAUAGAAAAAUAGAUAUCGGAACUGUUUGCAUAAAAGAGACCACAGACUAAUAGGUGAUCGGUGAAUGUUCACAUUGCCGGCGACGACUCGCCCAAUACACAAACAGCGACAAGAGCUAUCAAAGAUAAUACAAGCUGAAUCAAGCUCGCUUGGCUCCCAGUGGUCAUUUUCUCUAGUCGCGUUGGCACUUUCACUACAGCCCAGCGACAAAUCGAUCGCAACUGCACUCACUAUUAGGUGCUCGCUAACUCGUUUCUACGAGUAGCUGUACUCCCUUCUCGAUCAUUGCUGGCGGUGGGACAAGUGCUAAAAAUAUUAGGUACGAUGUAGGACUAUUUUUGCUUAGAACUAUCAACGACGUUUGAUAUGAAGAUUCAUCAAAAAUCAUCGAAGAUACGUGACACACACCUAUAAAAAUGGUGUGUUCGAUGAACGGAUUUAUUAUUUGUGUGAAUGCUGAAGGCUAGAUAAUGAAUAUUUUAUUAUAUAUAUAUUCAUUUAUACAUACUUCUAUUACAAUUCUGGAUGACGCAGUUUCACCCAGUCCACAUAAUAUAUGUUUACUGAAUACCAAAGAAAAAUCAAAUACUUAAGGGCAAAAAAAAAUUUUUAAUUUGAAGAUUCUCUCUUUUUAAAGCCAACUAGCAAAAAUAUGUAUUGAGACUUUCAGCCUCUGCGACAUAGAGUUAUUAUCUGUGUUAGCUUAACUAAGGUGUUUGGGACUUUGGUAACCGUUUUCUAGUAUCAUUUCUUCUUUUUUUCUACACUUGUUAAUCGAGAAUCGAGAAUUAGGCAUUCAUUAUUGUAAUGUCUGUAUUUCUAUUAUGCCUAUCUGUCAUUUAAUUUAUGAGAUCAGCAUGAAUUAUGCUAUACACUAUUUUUCAUAAAUAAUUCAUCUUGUUUUUUUUUUAUCAUUUAAAAUCAUUGUUUUUAAUAUUUUAAAUCUAAUGGAAUUUAAAUCAAAAUAAUGUUUUUGUUUAUUAUGUAAAUACGUUAGUAUUUUUAUUCAGUAGAUUUUGAUUAAGACUAUUUCAAAUUGGAUGUAAUUAAUUGAAUUUUGAUUUCUGUACAUCAUAUUAUUAAAAACAUUGAACUCUUUUGAGUUUACAUUAGCAUUAUUGAAACGAU